UAAGCUCCAAUCGGGGCUUUAAGUCCUUGAUUAGGAGCGUGUGAGCUUUUGGUCCCAACUGGCUGUGCCCAUAGGCUUGUCACCAGGAGAACAUUUGUGUUAAUUGCACUGUGCCUGUGUCAAGGAAACUUUGAUUUAUAGCUGGGGUGCACAAAUAAUGGUUGCCGAGCGCACAUGGAUUCGGUAGAACUUUGCCUUCCUGAAUCUCUUUCCUUGCACUACGAAGAAGAGUAGUUGUCACAGCUGUUGGAAGAAGGAAAGGCAAUUGAAACUACUCAAAAAAGGGCAGGGGGAGGACCUCGCUUAGUACAUUUAAACAUGAUCUCUGAAUGCCAAGCAUACAAAAGCAAAUAGGCUUCUGACUUCAGGUGAUGUCAGAUGAAAAGGGUAUUAUGGCUGAAAUAUACACCAGAGGAAUUCAUUUUGGCAAGCCUGGUCCAUGUAGGCUUCUUUGCAGAAUGUCAAGCAAAGAUCGACACAUUGAUUCUAGCUGUUCGUCAUAUAUCAAGACGGAACCAUCAAGCCCCGCCUCCUUGACGGACAGCAUCAACCAUCACAGCCCUGGUGGCUCCUCUGACGCCAGUGGAAGCUACAGUUCAACCAUGAAUGGACAUCAGAAUGGGUUAGAUUCACCACCACUCUACUCUUCAGCCCCAGGUCUUGGGGGCAAUGGGUCUGUCAGAAAACGAUAUGAUGAUUGCUCCAGUACCAUUGCUGAAGAUUCACAAACCAAGUGUGAAUAUAUGCUGAACUCAAUGCCCAAAAGAUUGUGUUUGGUUUGUGGUGAUAUUGCAUCAGGGUAUCACUAUGGUGUGGCUUCAUGUGAGGCCUGCAAGGCUUUCUUCAAGAGGACAAUUCAAGGUAACAUAGAAUAUAGCUGUCCAGCAACAAAUGAAUGUGAAAUCACAAAGCGCAGACGCAAAUCCUGUCAAGCUUGUCGUUUUAUGAAGUGUCUAAAAGUUGGAAUGCUGAAAGAAGGAGUGCGCUUAGACAGAGUACGUGGUGGUCGCCAGAAGUACAAGCGCAGAAUAGAUGCAGAAAAUAGUCCAUACCUGAAUCCUCAACUAGUCCAGCCAGCUAAAAAGCCAUAUAACAAGAUUGUCUCCCAUUUGCUGGUGGCUGAACCAGAGAAGAUCUAUGCCAUGCCUGAUCCCACUGUGCCUGACAGUGACAUCAAGGCUCUCACCACACUUUGUGAUUUGGCAGACAGAGAGCUGGUGGUCAUUAUUGGAUGGGCUAAGCAUAUUCCAGGAUUUUCCACUUUAUCGCUUGCUGACCAGAUGAGCCUUCUGCAGAGUGCUUGGAUGGAGAUUUUAAUUCUGGGCGUAGUGUACCGAUCACUUUCCUUUGAGGAUGAGCUUGUCUAUGCUGAAGACUAUAUUAUGGAUGAAGAACAGUCUAAAUUAGCAGGCCUUCUUGACCUCAACAAUGCCAUCCUGCAACUGGUAAAAAAAUACAAGAGCAUGAAGCUGGAGAAAGAAGAAUUUGUCACCCUCAAAGCUAUCGCGCUUGCUAAUUCAGACUCUAUGCACAUAGAAGAUGUUGAAGCUGUCCAGAAACUUCAAGAUGUCUUACAUGAGGCUCUGCAGGAUUAUGAAGCCGGGCAGCACAUGGAAGACCCACGCCGCGCUGGCAAGAUGCUGAUGACUCUGCCAUUACUCAGGCAAACCUCCACCAAGGCUGUGCAGCAUUUCUAUAAUAUUAAAUUGGAAGGCAAAGUCCCCAUGCACAAACUAUUUUUGGAAAUGCUGGAGGCAAAGGUCUGACCUCAACAUCCUGGGCCCUUUAAAUUGGCUACGCUGAAACUGCAACAAGAGGGACAACCGAGGGGAAAACUGUGGCAAAGAACCUUUAGCAUUACUUUAAGGCAAUGAAACUGACUGCACUGAUCAUUAAGCAGCAAGAAUGAGUAGCAGCAUCUCUUUUUAGUCUUGAUCUUAUUUGAUGGGGUUCUCCUUCAUUUCUCUCUUUUAAUGUUAUUAGUUCUGAUUUGUUCGUAAUUUUGCCCCUUUUGCUGCUGAAUAUAUAUAUGAAAUAUAUAUAUAUGAAAUAUAUAUAUAUAUGAAAUAUAUAUAAAAUAUGUAUAUGUAUAUGUAUAUGUAUACAUAUGUAAUGCCAGAGGACUUCUUGGAAAGUCCAGUGACAGAGGAAUCAAAAACGAAGCAUCGUAACUAGCAGUACAGUACAGUACAACACGGUGAACUGACUGAAUGAAGUAUAACGUUUCAUAAGAGGAGCCGCUAAUUAGACAACUUCGACGGGAACAUCUUGGCUGCUCCUUAUCAUUGCAUUUUCAUCUAGAUCAGUUGCAGCCAUUUGAUUCCUUCAUUGUUUUUUCAAGUCUUCCAGCUAUUUCUUAGGUUAGCUACAAUAUAACUUUUUCAGGGAAUAGUUUGAACUUUAUUCAUUCAUGCAAUACUAAAGAAAAGAAAGGUAGAUACUGCUUUUUUGUGUGCUGGCUUGAACAAUUAUGAACAUUUAAUUAAGGACAAAUGAAUCCUGCAGGAAGAUUUUUUUUUAAGAAAAUGUUUUAGUUCUUACUAAUGGAAGAUUUUUUUUCUACCAGCUUUACCACGUUUCAGCCAUUUCUUAAUGUGGGGAUUUAUCUUACACAAGCAAUAGUUGAAGGAAAGGUGCAUAUUAUCACGGAUGCAAUUUAUGUUGUGUGCCAGUUUAGUCUAGGACAUCCCAUUUCUUUGCAUGAGCUCCAGUUUAUAUGUAACCAACUGAAACCAACAAAUCGGAUUACACCUACAUUUCCAGAUAGUUUAUAUGUGUCAUGUCAAAUAGGAAUCUAAAAAAGGAGUUAGUAAGUGCUUCUGUAUGGCCAAGCAUAAAUAUGACAUGAGAUUCUGUGUUACUCUAUAAGGUGGCCUAUUAUUUACAAAACUGGGACUUUUGCAUAAAGUCCACCCUACUCUGUCUAGCAAUAAGGAAAGAAAAUCAAUAUCAGAGUAGUCAGCCUCUGAUCAACCUCUAGAACUUAGCACUUGUACACAUUAUUUAUCAAUUUAUAAAACUUUAUAUUUUAUAUAACUAUAGAAAUGCCAUUUUUAAACAAACAGCCUAACUGGUAUACCUACUUUUUCAGCGAUUAUUGUCAGGACAUGAAAGCUGGUCAAUUUCAAGACUGUUAAGAGGUGUAAUCUAAUAUUUAAAUUAAUUAGAUGCCCCCACCCACCCAUCCAAAGUACAGUCACUAAAAAACCUGGGAACAGGAAUCUCCUUCCAAUGCUAUGCCAAUGCACCAGUAUUAGUAGCUGCUCCCUGUGCUAUGUGAACAACCUUACUCUAUGUACACAAAUGUAAUUAAAUUGUAUUCCUAACCAACAAAAGAAAAGUAGUUCAGCUUCUCAAUGUUUCAUGUUUGCUGUGCUUUUUGGAACUUUUUAGGUUGCAUUCAAGGACUGUUGUCUUGUUCUUGUAGUGUUUGGAUUCUUGUGGCGUGUGUUUAUAGACACAGGGUAGAAUUAGAGACAAUAUUGGAUGUAAAUUUCCUCAGGAGACUACAGUAGUAUAUUCUAUUCCUUCUGGUAAUUAAGGUUCUUCAUAGUAAUAAUUAAGAAAUUGAAAAACAAAAUUCAACCAAGUACUCAUUACGGACAAAUGUCACAUUGAAAUAUUUUCAAAACAAGGGAUAAUUUCUCUAACAGUUUAAUAUAGAAUAUGUAUAGCUUAGAAAUAAACUUUGAAUAUUGCAAAAUUAUAGGUAAGUCUAAUUUUUAAAUGCUGUAAAUAUAGCUUUCAUCUCUCCCAUGUUAUUAACUUGCUCUGUGUUGUUGCUAAGUCUUUUUUUAAAAAAAAUGCAGAUACGUUUCCAAAAGUAUCGCUACUUGUGUGCUUUAAACAAAAUGCUGCAGUUAACACUGCAGCAACCUUGUGCUAGAAAAACUGUGUAUCUUUCAUUAGCUGUAUGGGAAUUUUCUUGUAGAUUGUGUUUUUUCUCAGUAGAGAAGUGACUGUUAUGUGAUCCUAGAUAAAUUGUCAUUAGCGGUUCAUUCAGUUGGCCAAAUAUCUUGAAAUUCACAGUAUGAUAGGAGUUUGGAAAUUGGAAAUCCCUUUUGAAAAAUGGUAAAAUCUUACAACUCCUGGGGGGGGGCAAGAAACAAUGUGAUUCUAUAAAAUUAUUUAUAUAUAUAUGUAAGAGUUGAGAAUAAUUAUUUUCCAGAAAAAUUGUGCAGGGUUUAAGUUGCAAGUAUUACCUACAUUAUAUAUGUAUAUAUAAAUAUCUAAUAUAAAUAUUGUUUUCACUGGAUCACAUUGAGGAACUUGGGUUGCAGGGUUAAUAUCCCGUCAUUGUAUUCAGAAAGAAGGACAAAUCUACAAAGACUUAAGAGGAAAUGAGAUAUGUUAAAGGAACACAGUGCAAUUUUUAUUUGAUUUUUUUAAAAUAAUUUUUAGAGCUGCAAUGAACAAAUAUGUCGUGGCUGUACAAAUGUUAAAUGAAACAUAGAUACACUGCACAGGCACUAGAAUAACAGUCAUCUUAAACCUUGCUGAAAUAAACAUCCACAACCACUUAUUUAAAGUGAAGAACUGGGGAAGAAUUUCAAGAGGUGUAUCUUUUAGUGUAACAUGUUUCCUUUCAGGGCAUAAAAUCCAUAGAGCAUUUCUCCUGCACAAAGCAAUUGAAAUGAAAGGGUGCGGUGGUAUAAAGCCUCUCUCAUCCAGUUUGUUUUGUCCAUUCAGUUCAAUGUGCAGCAGACAUUCCAAAUGGAUUGUAGCCUGGGCUACCGUUUUCUUUUUUCUCUCUCUCUUAUUUAAAGCAAUAUGAUUGUGUGACUCCUGAAAGUUGCACAUUUGUUUCAAUCAAAUCAGAUUGUUGUAUUUAUUCCACUAUUUUGCAUUUAAAUGCUAACAUAAAAAAUAUAAAAAAAAAUUAAAACUGCUAUUUUUCUUAUAGAAGAGAAAAUGGGUGUUGGUAAUUGUAUUUUAAUUAUUUAAACGUUUCUGUUUACCUGCCUAGGAAAACACUUUAUGGCAGUCUUAUUGUGCAAAGAUCUCAAAUGAAGGGAAAACCGAAUUAAGCUGCUUAUUAUAAUCCAGGAGUUGCAUAAUAACCAGUAGUAAAAACAGAAAUGAAAAAAAAAACAUCUUUAAAGCUGUAGAUGUGCUUCACAUCUGUAAAGCAAUCAACUGUAUAUUUUUGUGAUGUGUAUCAUAAUGUGUGCUCCAAACAAUGUCCAUUUGUGUAAAUGUAUUUAUUUUAUAUUGUAUAUAUUGUUAAAUGCAAAAAGGAGAUAAUGGUUCUGUAACUCCAAUCAGUUCAGAUGUGUAACUCAAAUUAUUAUGCCUUUCAGGAUGAUGGUAGAGCAAUAUUAAACAAGCUUCCACUUUUAAUUGCUUUUAA